AUGGCCGAAUUCUGGGCUUCGACUGGCGGCGGUGAUAUGGCUGGAAACCCUAAUCUAGAGUGGAUUGAGAGUGGGUCGAGCCUGGGUCUGGCUGGAUUGCUGGCUUGGUUGUUUGUGGUGGGUGGGCUUGAGCCUACUUUAUGGGUGAGUGGACUACUGGUUCUGGUAUAUGUUGAUGCUGUGGUUGCUGGAUACAAUCUGCUGCGACUGAUUGCCAAGUUUCCAAUGUCAGCUGGCUUAGUCAAAGAAAAUCCAAAAGGGUCCAAUGUAUACGUAGCUUGGCUUUCUCUCUUGCUCGAUCAGAUAGCCGUAUAUGUGGCGUUUGGGGCAAACUCAGCUGCGUUUCAGGCUGCACUGGUAGCACUGAAAGGUAUACCAGAAUUCCAGUGGAUGAAGUUGUGCAACAAAUACUCCAGAUUCUGCUUUCAAAUCGGUGGAGCUUUGUCAUGUGGAUACUUAGCAUGUCUCCUUAUGAUUCUCAUAUCUUUCAUCACUGCCUUUAAGCUGUUUAGGCUUUACUCACCCAAGAAAUUGUUUGUGUUAAAGAGCAUAUCAGGGUGAGACCAAUAUCUGCAUAUCCAUGUAGUUUAUGUCGUGGAAAAAAAUUAAUUUUAUGCUAUCAGCUGGUUGACCUUCAUAUAUAUUUUGAAUAAUUACAGGAGUAAUACAAGGAUGGAAGGAGAUUAUAG